AGAGAAUCUCCUGUUAAAAAAGAGAUGGAUGAAGAAAAUGAUGAUGAUGAUGAUGAGAGUGAAGAUGAAUGGGAGAAUGUGGAAGAACCCCAGGAACCUGACAUAGAAAAGUUAGAAGAAGCUGCUCUUCUUCCAGCAGCGGUGCUGCCAAGCAGUUCUGUAGAGAUAGAGAUUGAAACCCCAGUGCAGAGGAAGGAAAGACUAAGGAGAGAAAAAAGGAAAGCCGAGUAUGAUAUGUAUCUUCGGAGAAUAAAGAAACGUAUCAUCAAGGAGGUUCGUGAGGACACACAUAAGGUCCACCUUUUGUGUCUAUUAGGAAAUGGUUUCUACAGGAACAGGAUCUGCAGCCAGCCGGAUCUUCUUGCCAUUGGUCUGUCCAUCAUCCCCUCCCACUUCACAGAUGUGCCUGCAGGCCAAGUGGACCUCCCUUACCUUUCCAGCUUGGUGAAAUGGUUUGUUGGAACCUUCACUGUCAAUGCUGAGCUUUCCACUGAAAAGGGAGAGCCACUUCAGUCGACCCUGGAGAGGCGCUUUGCCAUCUAUGCUGCACGAGACGGGGAAGAGUUGGUUCAUAUAUUUUUAGUUCUUCUCCGAUCGUUACAGCUGCUGUGUCGCCUUGUGCUGUCUUUUCAACCUAUUCCUCUCAAGGAAACAGGAGCAAAGGGAAAAAGCUCAUCCAAGAGGCAUUCUCUUAGCGGUACCUCUGAGGAGCAGGAGAGCACAACUCCCAAAGCUGCAGCAAAAAAAUGCCCCUGCAGCAAAACCAAACAGAAUGAAAAUUCCUCAGAGACCAAAGAAGACAACAAGGAGCCAAAGAAGCGCAAAGCUGCUCAGACCAGAAGGACACCCAAGUCAAAGUUGGGUACAGGCAGCCAGGAGCAGAAGGAAUCUGGUAAUGAGGAGAGUGGUUCAGCAUUAAAAACUGUGGUAGUCAGGCCCAAGAACAGUCAGCGCAGACAAGUGGCCUCCAAAGUGUGUUACAAAGAAGAGAGUGGAACUGAUGAGGGCAGUGGUUCAAACUUUGAGAUUCUGGAGGAAGACAGUGAUCUCUCUGAUGAUGAUUUUGAAAUUGCCCCUAAAAGACGGCGGAGCUCACGGGGCUCGCAAAAGUCAAAGCUAACAGCUACAAAAAGCCCAGAGCCUAAGAUUUCACAAUCAAGGCUAUCCAAAAAUUCACAUGGAGCUGAGCCUAUGUCAGCAGAAGGUACAGCUUCAGCCUUGCCUCAUGCACAGAGAAAGAGAAGAAAAAUAAUUUCUAGUGAUGAGGAUGAUGGACAGCCGGCGGUAAGGAAAGCGAUGCACACAGACCAGUGGCUGGAGGUUUUCCUGGAACAUGAAGACAAGUGGGUGUGCAUAGACUGUGUUCACGGCAGUGUUGGCCAGCCCCAGCUGUGCUUCACACACGCCACAAAGCCGCUUUCCUACAUUGUGGGAUUUGACAACGACGGGAGCGUCAGGGAUGUGACACGAAGAUACGACCCGGUGUGGAUGACUGCAACGAGGAAGAACCGUGUGGAGCCUCAGUGGUGGGAGGACACGCUGCAGCCCUAUCAUAGUCCCUGUGUGGAAAGAGACGAGAAGGAGGAAAAUGAGUUUCAAGUUAAGCUUCAAGAUCAACCUCUACCAACAGCAAUUGGAGACUACAAAAACCACCCUCUUUAUGCACUAAGAAGGCACCUCUUGAAAUACGAGGCAAUCUACCCCGAGUCAGCUGGUAUCCUGGGGUACUGCAGGGGAGAGGCUGUCUACCCCAGAGCCUGCGUACACACACUGCACUCCAAGGACACUUGGCUGAAGCAAGCUCGAGUGGUGAGGAUUGGAGAGGUGCCUUACAAGGUGGUGAAAGGAUUUUCCAACCAGGCGAGGAAGGCGCGCCUUCAACAGGUUGUGGUCUGGGACAGAGAGGACCUGGCACUGUUUGGUCGCUGGCAGACAGAGGAGUAUCGGCCACCUGUAGCAGUGGAUGGAAAGGUUCCUCGGAAUGAAUAUGGAAAUGUCUAUCUCUUCCUGCCGUCCAUGUUACCCAUUGGCUGUGUGCAGCUGAGACUCCCAGGCCUGCACAGAGUGGCGCGGAAGUUGGACAUUGACUGUGCUCAAGCUGUCACUGGAUUUGAUUUUCACUGUGGCUUCUCACACCCAGUUACCGAUGGCUACGUUGUCUGUGAGGAGUAUAAAGAAGUCCUCAUUGCUGCCUGGGAGAAUGAACAAAAAGAUAUAGAAAUGAAGGAGAAGGAGAAGCGUGAGAGAAGAAUUCUGGGGAAUUGGAAGCUGCUGACAAAAGGACUUUUAAUUAGAGAGAGAGUGAAGAAACUGUACUCCAUCAAGACUGAGCCAUUAGCACCUGAUAGAGAUCAAGGACCUGAUUUAUCUUCGGAUGAAGAAGAAGGUCCAAGUUCAAAGACUGCCAUAGCAAAUGCAGCCAUUUUUUGGCCCCAAAAUCGCCUAUUGGAGCAAAAAGAAGAGAAAACCAGAAAGAGGAAGCAAGAGAAUAAUCCGUAUGGGAAGCAUAUCAUAGAAUCAUAG